UAAAUGCCCGCCCCCCUAGAUCCGGCCUUGAUAUUCUCUGCUCCUUUUUUCCCCACCCCUCCCAGGUGCCACUGCUGCCCGUCCUGACGCAAUGGUUUCUUUUCGCAGCAUCGGCCUCGUUGCCGCCUCGCUGCUCUCUGCAGCCCAGGCCCUCCAGCGCUUCCCGCUGCCGCCCAUCGACAGGGAGGCCCUGCGGGAACACGACCAGGGCGAGAAGCUUGGCCUGGCCCGCAGACAGGCCCCCAACCCAUCGCGGCUAUACCGAGAGUACAACCUCUCGGUCCCCAUCGACCACUUUCACAACGACAGCCGCUACGAGCCGCACUCUGACGGCUCGUUCCCGCUUCGUUACUGGUUCGAUGCCCAGUACUACAAGCCUGGCGGGCCCGUCAUUGUGCUUGGCGCCGGCGAGACGAGCGGCGUUGGUCGCCUUCCGUUCCUACAGAAAGGCAUCGUCAACAUCCUGGCCAAGGCCACCGGCGGCGUUGGCGUGAUCCUGGAGCAUCGCUACUACGGCACCAGCGUCCCUACCAGCGACUUCAGCACCGAAAACCUGCGCUUCCUCACCACGGAGCAGGCUUUGGCCGAUACUGCCUACUUCGCCAAGAAUGUCAAAUUCCCCGGGCUCGAGAACGUGAACCUCAGCCCCGACGUUACCCCCUGGAUCGCUUACGGCGGCUCGUACGCUGGUGCUUUCGUCGCCUUUCUCCGCAAACUCUACCCGGACCUCUUCUGGGGAGCCAUUUCGUCCUCGGGCGUGCCCAAGGCGAUUUGGGAUUACUGGAAGUACUUCGAGGCCGCUGCUGUCUACGGGCCGCCUGCCUGCGUCGAGUCGACGCGCAAGCUGACGCACAUUGUCGACAACAUCCUGAUGGGCCGCGCCAACGACGACCCGCAGGCGCAGCGUCUCAAGGCUGCCUUUGGCAUGCCCAACAUCACCUACAACGACGACUUUGCCGGCGCCAUCAACAACGGCAUCUACUCCCUGCAGAGCUACAACUGGGAUCCCGCGGCCGGCUCGGUUGAGUUCUUCAACUAUUGCAGCAACGUCUCGUCCGACGCCGUCGUGUAUCCGGCCACCGAGUCCAAGCGCUCGGUCGUGCAGGAGCUGAUGAGGCUGGGCGGUUAUGAGAAGGAGCUCGGCACGAGCCUCGAGAACCGCUUCCUCAACUACAUCGGCUACGUCGACCUCACCAGCGUCCAGCGCUGCCGCGGCUCCCAGGACGGGUGCUGGGGGUCGCACGAUCCCAAGUCGUGGGAGGGCGUCGACCUGUCCCGCACCGACCGCCUGUGGCCCUACCAGGUCUGCACCGAGUGGGGCUACAUCCAGACGGGCAGCGGCGUGCCGGCGGACCAGCUGCCGCUGAUCUCGCGCCUGGUCGACCUCGAAACGGCGACGGCCAGCUGCCGCAACUUCUUCAACAUGACGGGCCAGGCAGACCUGGACCGCAUCAACCGGUACGGCGGCUUCGACAUCAGCUACCCGCGCCUGGCCUUUGUCGACGGCGAGUGGGACCCCUGGCGCGCCGCCGGCGUCAACGCCAUCGGCCUGCCCCCGCGAAAGUCGACCCUGGACGAGCCCGUCUUCCUAAUCCCCAAGGCCGUCCACCACUGGGACGAGAACGGCGUGUUUGCCAACGAGACGGUGCCCGGCUACUUUCCUCCCCUGGACGUGUCGGGAUCGCAGGCGCAGAUGGUCACGUUUGUCCAGGUCUGGCUGGACGAGUGGGCGGCGAAGCGGGCGGCCAAGGAGCUGUAAGCUCGGUGCACUCAAGACCCUGUUCGAGGCUUACUCUGAGGCAUUUUAAUGCGACUAUGACGAAUAAUUUCGGCCUAUGUAGUAUCGCCUAGGAGAUAUAUUAAAAGAAAGGCUUUGUGCCAACAUGACACUUGGCAGUGGUUUUGCCGGGCCCGGCAGGACACUGAAAGAAGAAUCUAGCCAUUCAUCUCGCCGAAAGAUGUGACCUAAAUUAAAGCCCAGCGAUCUCUCAUCUCGAC